AUGCUUAUUUUCUCCUACUUCCCGGUAUGCGGAACCACCCAGCAAGUGGCCAUGGACGGACAGUACUACCAGGCACUACCUCUGCCGAAUGGAGGCUCAGUGCAUGCGAUGCUGAUCCCAGACGCAGCCUGUCAAAUCGUCCUCAUCACAGACGAACAGGCUGUGGCUGAUACUGUGAUGCGGAAUGUGUUCGGCAUGAAGGUGGCCGACGCACACAAUGGGUCGAGUGAUCUUGAAAUGGG